CGUCUCGUCUCGUCUCCUCCCGUCCCGCGCUCGCCCUCCGACGCCUCUCCCGAGGGGUCACGCGGCCGCCGCGGGGACGAUGAACGGAGGAUAAAUGGUGCCCAAGGCAGACAGCGGCGCCUUCCUGCUGCUCUUCCUGCUCGUGCUCACCGUCACCGAGCCGCUGCGGCCAGAGCUGCGGUGCAACCCUGGGCAGUUUGCCUGUCGCAGUGGCGCCAUCCAGUGCAUCCCCCUCCCCUGGCAGUGUGACGGCGUGGUGGCGUGUGAGGAUAAAAGCGAUGAAGCCGACUGUCCAGAAGUGACCGGGGAGACACGUCCUUACCAUGGGAAGGAGGCCAUGGACCCGAGACAGGGCCGAUCUCGGGGCGGCGACCCCAUGCACUUCCACGCCGUGAACGUGGCCCAGCCUGUUCGUUUCAGCAGUUUCCUAGGGAAAUGCCCGACGGGGUGGCACCACUACGAGGGCACAGCAAGCUGCUACAGGGUCUACCAGAGCGGUGAGAACUACUGGGACGCAGCACAGACCUGCCAGCGAGUCAACGGCUCCUUGGCCACCUUCUCCACGGACCAGGAGCUGCGCUUCGUCCUGGCCCAGGAGUGGGAGCAGCCGGAGCGGAGCUUUGCCUGGCAGGACCAGCACAAGUUGUGGGUUGGCUAUCAGUAUGUCAUCACCGGCCGGAACCAAUCCUUAGAGGGUCGCUGGGAGGUAGCAUUCAAAGGUUCCUCAGACGCAUUCCUGCCCCCCAACCCCGUCUUCGCUUCGGCCAAGUCGGAGAGCGACAGCAUGCUCUGCGCCCAGCUCCAGUGCUUCCACUUCCCCACGCUCCGCCACCACGACCUGCACAGCUGGCACGCCGAGAACUGCUACGAGAAAUCUUCAUUCCUGUGCAAAAGAAGUCAGACAUGUGUCGACAUCAAGGACAACGUGGUGGAUGAAGGGUUCUACUUCACCCCCAAAGGCGACGACCCCUGCCUGAGCUGCACAUGCCACGGUGGGGAACCUGAGAUGUGUGUCGCCGCCCUGUGUGAGCGGCCACAGGGCUGCCAGCAGUACCGCAAGGACCCCAAGGAGUGCUGCAAGUUCAUGUGCUUGGACCCAGAUGGCAACAGUCUCUUUGACUCCAUGGCCAGCGGGAUGCGACUUAUCGUCAGCUGCAUCUCCUCCUUCCUCAUCCUGUCCCUGCUCCUCUUCAUGGUCCACAGGCUUCGCCAGAGGCGCCGUGAGCGCCUGGAGUCCUUGAUCGGAGCAAACCUGCACCACUUCAACCUGGGCCGCAGGAUUCCCGGCUUCGACUACGGGCCAGAUGGAUUUGGCACAGGCCUCACACCGCUCCACCUCUCCGAUGAUGGCGAAGGUGGCACUUUCCACUUCCAUGACCCGCCACCUCCCUACACCGCCUACAAGUACCCUGAUCUUGGUCAGCCUGAUGAUCCCCCACCGCCCUAUGAGGCCUCCAUCAACCCUGACAGCGUGUUCUACGACCCUGCAGAUGACGAUGCCUUCGAGCCAGCUGAGGUUGGGGCACCCCCUGCAGGAGACAGCAGCGGGGAAGGAGCCGCACCCCAGGGCCUGGAGCAGCCCCUGCCCCCGGGGCCAUCACUUACAGAGCUGGAGGACUCGGUGGACAGCAGCAGUGCCCUCCUCGUGCCCCCCGACCCCACCCCGAGCGGGAGCGCCUCGGCCACAGAGGCGUUCCCUGGCGGCCGCCACAACCACAGCCACAACCCCCUCAAUACCGUGGUGUAAGGGACGCGUCCAAGGAGCCUGGAUCCAGCAGCCGUGCGUGGUGCAGCCAGCGCGUCCUGGCCGGUUCCCCGUCCCCCCAUGACUUCGGAACCACACGCAGCUUCGGGUCACUGUCCUUUUCUUUCUCCAGCGGCCGAGGAACGAUAGUUUGUCCACCCUCUCAGAACUGGGAACAAGAAGGUGCUGUGAGCCAGACAGGGCCAGCUUGCCGUCUCGAGGAGCCCAUGGCCAAACCCUGAGCCUGGGUCAGGCAAGCCAUGGCACAGAAAGGGGGUAGCCUCUGGGGGCCUGUCAGUAUUGCCUUGGGCAGUAACAUCUGCUCACUCGACUGCUCUUGGGGGUGACCCCAUCUGGAUUGGGAGCUGGUCUGCCCUCUGCUGCCUCUGUCCCUGAGAAGGGCAGCUUGGAAAGGGAGCAGUAAACUGUUAUCUUCUACCCGGGCACUUAGGCCUGGUGCUGUGCCAGGAACCUGCCCGUGCCCAGCCUGUCAGCCUGUCACUUCCCUCCUUGGCAUUGCUGUGCAUGGCUCCACGGAGGCUGUACUGCAGUGUCCGGCCUGCUCCUGCCUGCUGCCCUCUGAGGCCCUGGAACCUGCCUCCUGCUCAAUCGCCCCUGGGCCUGUCCUGUCUUCCCCCCACCUUAUCUGUGCCAUAAGGGUUGUUUCUUUAUAGGGAGGGCCACAUCCCAGGCCCUGUCCAACCCUGAAAGGCCACUUGCAUACCCACAGCCAUGUGCCACCUCCUGGUCCUCAGCAGCGUGGGAACGGGGGGACCUUUUGCCUGAGGACCCCCAUCGCCCUCCCCAGGCUGUGGGACUUUCUCAGCACGCAGGGCUCUGAGCGCUUCUGAGGUUUGGAGAUGAAGCGGGUUCUGUGCGAUUUUCAGCACAUCCAUAUCUUUUCUACGUUGAAUGUCUGCAUCUUUGUGUGUGUGUGUGUGUGCGUGUGCGUGCGUGUGUGUGUCCGUCCCAAGUGUUUGCCAAUGGUGAUGAUACAUAGGAACAUAGGCACUGGGACCCACUGUCUUAGGUUGUAGGCACCAUGGAGGGUGGCUUCUGUGCUUGCACCCUUCACCCACAACACAGGCCCCUCUGCGGCCCCUAGCCCCAUUUGCCAACUUGCAGGAAUGACUUCCAAGGGCUCUGGUACCGGACUUCAGCAGCAGAUCUCAGUUCCCUGUGCGGUUGUGGUCUGUUGCCGGGCACUGUGUGCCAAACGGACCAGCACUGCCCGUGCCCAUGGAACUGACACUGUUUUGAGGAUGGUGUCCCUGGACAUGUAGCCACCACACGGUGAUUGCAGAUGUGACAAGGACACAUAGGGACUGAGGCAGUCCUGGGUCAGUGACCACAGCUGGUGGGUGCAGGAGGGCCUUGAGUGCUUCCUGGAGCCCCAGAGGGUCCCAGCCCAGAACUUUGUUUACAGAGCAAAGCAGUUGGCGGGUGCGUGAGAUGGAGAAAUUCUGCGGACCCAAGGACCGGUGGGACCAGUGAGGCUUGUGAGAGGCACUAGCACAGGGCUGAAGGCGGGGCCUGUUGCCAUUCCUGCCAUGGGCAAGUGCUGGAACCUGGCCACAUCCUCACCUUCCUUGCCUCCUCGUGAGGUGAUAACACUCCAAGUCUGGCCCGCCUGCCCAGGCUCCUGUGAGAGAUGGGACUGCAGGAACACUGGAGCCCAGCCCCACCCGAGUGGGCGAGAGCAAACACUACAUUGUCUCAUGCCUGUUCUUUCUGUUCUGUUUUCCUUUCACUUAAAGGGUUUUUAGUUUGGGGUUUAUUUCUGAUUGUGUUGACACUAAUUCUUAAGAUGCUGUGAGAACCGUUUCAUCCAAAUGCCAAAUAAAUCUGUUCUGGACAGUAUA